UGAGCCUGUACAACAGUGAGCAGUUUUCAAAACCUUCAAGGUUGCCUAUUUGUCUUCGAAUGUCUAGUCAUUGGUAACACAUACAAAACCUGUGGAGCUUUACUUCAAAUUAGCUUGAAAGUAUAUAAGUACUAUUCGUCGGUAUACUUUAAAAUUGCAUUUCGUAAAGUUAUGGCUUUGGAUCUUUCAAGUGUGAAUGACACUUCCUUCGAAGAAACUGGCUCAAAUACAACCUAUAAUUGUGUUUUCCUCUCUUCAGAAGUUAUUUCUUUCCCUGGGACUAAUGAUAUUCUCUUUUAUAUAUCUGAAAUAGGUCAUUUAAUUUUGGCAAACUUCUUCGUUGAACAUUCCAAUGGAAGUUACAUACUUAAAAAACUUCCACAUAUCAAAUUUUCACAUGAUUCAUCCGAUUUACCAACAAAUCUAUCUUUGGAUAAAAGUCUCUCAAACCAAGAAAAUGUAAUAUCACAAUUCUCAGUAAAUGAUUGUUCAAAUAUAUUGGAUUUAAACUUCCCUAGUAAAUUUGGACGUAUUGAGACAGAUAUACAGUCUUCAGCUUUGGAUUGCACAAAUGUUUCUCAUGUUCAAACAUGUUCACAACAGACAGUAGUUAAUUCAUCAUCUUUGAACGUACCAGAAUUAGAAAAUCCAGCUAAUUCUACCAUUCCCCGUCCACAAUGUGAAAACAGUUCAGCUAAUAUGAAUAAAAGUAAAAAUUCCUCGUCUCGCAUUUCACGAUCUAAAUUUUUAGGACAAAUCGUUUGUGAACUCUUGAACAAAAUGAAGAAUCGUAUGACGUCAUCAGGAAGUCAAGAAAUUAUCAUUCAAGGACAUAAUUUAACUGAACUGGAGCAUUUUGUUAAACGCUUGCGAGAGUUUCGUCUACAUUUAGGUCUUUCACAAGUUCAACUAGGUAUAGAGCUUUCAAAACAUUUUAACGAUAAAGCCUUAUGUAGUCAAACUCUUUUAUCAAGGUUUGAGAAGUUAAAUGUCACUGUUAGAUCUGCUUAUCGGCUUUUGCCCUACCUGAAACGUUGGAUUUCACAUGCUGAACAAAAUCAAUGUGGUCAAAUCACUAUUGAAAAAUUGUCCGUCUUUCAUCAUUCGAUUCCUGUACGUGCUGUAGGCAACUCCCGUUUAACUACAUUGGCUCGUUUAGGUCGUACCGAUUAUAAUCCUUCAUCCUCUUCUUCUUCAACUUCAUCUGUUUUAGCUCUCGUAAAAAAACAAGUCAAAGAUAAUGAUUGUAUUGCCGAUUGUCCUACAGAUCAUUCCUCACUUUCGGAGCUAACUUCUGAUAUAUCUGAAUCCAAUUGUAAAUUACCAGAUCCACAACAAAAAAGAUGUCGGCGACGCCGUACUUAUUUUUCCCCAAAAGCUUUAUCAAUAUUAACUGAAUUUUAUUCUACAAAUACUCGACCAAAAGGUACUGAUUUCACUGAAUUGGCAUCGAGGAUUGGCUGUGAUAGAGAAUCAGUUCGCGUUUGGUUUUGUAACAGACGUCAAUUAGAUCAUGAAUGCUCUCGAAAAGUUUAGAGUGACCGCUUCAGUAUAUUUGUAGGGUUGUUAUCAGUAGACCGUUUAUUUACUUUCUUGUUUAUCCAUUUUAUCGUAUCGCCGAACAAUUUUAAAGAAAACUGCUAUUUGAGAAUUAAAGUUCUCAAUAAUUUGUACAUUUGUUAUAAGUUGUUUAUACGAUAUUUUUAUGCUGUUAAUCCUCCAUUGAGACCAAACCUUCGCAAUAAAGUGUCUUGUUCUAUGUUA